AUGAGCUGUAUACUUGUUAGAACUUAUUCGUUGGUAAUUGUUCUCUUGAUGCUACAGGCCAGCGAACAGAGAAACGUACUAGUUAUUUUAGCUGACGAUGGAGGAUUCGAAACGGGUGUCUACAACAACACCGUCUGCAAGACGCCAAAUCUCGUCAAGCUUGCUCAACAGGGUGUCGUGUUCCAAAGGGCUUUCACUGCUGUGAGCAGUUGCUCGCCUAGCCGGUCAUGCCUGCUCACCGGUCUUCGGACGCAUCAGAACGAAAUGUACGGCCUUCACCAAGGCAUGCACGGCUUCCAGUCCUUCCAAGAGGUCAAGUCUCUGCCCUUGCUUUUGUCCGAACGCGGCAUUCGUACCGGCAUUAUUGGAAAAAAACACGUAGGCCCCGAAGGGGUGUACCCUUUCGACUUUGCACACACCGAAGAAAACAACCUUACUAUUCUACAAGUCGGACGGAACAUCACGAAAAUAAACAUCUUGUGCGAAGUUUCUUUCACCAAUGACUCCAGGCCGUUUUUCCUCUACGUCGCUUUCCACGACCCCCACUGGUGUGGUCACACCCACAGUCAGUACGGCGCGUUUUGCGAAAAGUUUGGCAAUGGCUCCCCGGGCAUGGGUCGGAUACCUGACUGGACACCACAGCCCUACGACCCUAGUCAAGUCGUUGUGCCCCCAUUCGUUCCCGACACCCCUGCAGCACGAGAGGACAUCGCAACUCAGUAUACAACUGUUGGGCGGUUGGACCAAGGGGUGGGCCUCGUGUUGGCAGAGUUGGAGGCUGCUGGCUUCAGUGAUAACACUCUCGUUAUCUACUCUUCGGACAAUGGAAUUCCGUUUCCUAACGGACGGACCAACUUCUACGAGCCAGGGGUCCAGGAGCCCAUGAUAGUUCGCGACCCGGAAAAACCGGGAUCUGCCGGCACGCGUUCCGACGCACUGGUCAGCCUUCUCGACAUCGUGCCCACCGUGCUCGAGUGGUUCUCCAUUCCCGUUCCGCAGUACACCAUCUUCAAGAAGCCGGUCACGUUCACGGGUUCUUCACUGCUGCCACUGCUGGCGCAGCAAAAAUUGGCGACGUCGCGAGAUUUCAUCUACGCAAGCCACAACCUCCACGAGAUCACCAUGUACUACCCUUCAAGGAUGGUCCGUACCCCGAACAUGAAGCUCAUCCACAACCUUAACAACAAAAUGCCGUUCCCAAUAGACCAGGACUUCUACGUCUCUCCCACAUUCCAGGACUUGCUGAACCGAACGAAGCACGGAGAACCGCUCCGCUGGAGCAAGACGCUCGACGGCUACUAUUACAGGGAUGAGUGGGAGCUGUACGACUUGGACAGCGACCCGAACGAGCUGUACAACGUCGCCGCCAACGAGACCUAUGCAACGGUCAUUUCCGAGCUGAAGCAGCUGCUCUUUAAGUGGCAGCGGGCGACGAACGACCCCUGGAUCUGCGCGCCGCAUUCGGUUCUGGAAGACUCGGGCCUGUACAAACAGGAUCCCAAGUGUCUCCCUCUCCUAAACGGACGGAGACUGACAACAGACCAGAAGGCGUGAUAAGAGCCUGGUCGAAAUUAAAGGACUGAAUUAUGAUGACAA